GAACCUGAAAAUGAAGAAUCUGUAAAUCAAGAAUUUGAAAUUAGCACGAGCACUCUCGCCGUUGAUGACAUUCUCGAUUGCCAUCCGAUAGAACAUAUGAAUUCAAAAACUGGGCUUCAAUACCUUUUUUCUUGCAAUUUAUCUUCACCAUUGUUCAUUCAAACCCUUCAAUCAGAUAUUGAACAUAAUUAA